AUGUCUUCCUUCUCUAUCGGCAACGCGGCUGAUCAGCAUCUAGAGCAGUCUCGAAGUGAGAUUGCUGCGCGCGACAAGAUCUCCGAGCUCAACGCUGCAAACUCCCUACUCCUUCGUCUCCCGGCUGAAAUUAGGAACAUGAUCUACGACAACGUCUUCCGUGAUCAAGUCCUCGAACUUGAAGACACAGGGUUCACUCUCCUGGAAGAAGAUUACGACAGCAUCAAGACAACAGCGAACGUCAAACAAUACCUCAGCCUACUUCGUGUCUCUCGCCAACUGUAUCGAGAAACCGCCCUUUUACCAUAUCAGCUCACCACUUUCAACUUUGGCUGUGCUCGUUAUCCUGGUAUCAAACCGCUCGAUGUUCUGGAAAUGUUCUUAUUGAACCGGUCUUGGGCGCAAGUUUCGAGACUUCGGAACUUGAAGUAUUUUGAGUCUCAAUGGCCCUAUCACAUGCCGUAUGUGGAGAAGACUGGUACUGGCCUGUACUGGUUCGCUCACCUGAGUCUGAAACCUUCCGACUUGGCUGUGUACGGAACAGUUGCAUGA